GUGGUUGUUUCCCGGUGCUGCCAGCGGGAUGCAGCAUUGGACCCGUUACCGCACACGAGCGAGAGAGCAGAAACCGGAAGCUGGAGAGAGCGAGAGAGAGAGAGAGAGAGAGAGAGAGCGAGCGAGAGAGAGAGAGAGAACCCGGGACCGAGGAAAGUGACCCGCAGUUUCUCACGGACUACAGGCGGACACCGGGACUCGCACCGAGACUCCCCCGGAAUACCGCGAUCCUUCCCCGGACUCCUCUAGUCGAGCUCAUAGCGCGCGUCAGUUUCAGCUCAGUUUGAGGGGAAGGAGAAUAACCGUCAUUUCUGCGCACUUUGUGAACGCGUCUGACCUGCGCAGCGGCACCUGCGCGUCCCGGAAACAUGGACGGAUCACCGGGGACCGACAGCGAGAGCAGCUCCAGAACAACAACACGCCGGACACGGAGACCCGACGGGAGUCUGCGAGCCUUCUUCAUCAUGUGUUUCAAAGUCCUCUUCAUCCAGGGCUCGUCUCUCCAGUUCUCCAAGGAGCCGAAGUCUCAGGACGCGCUCCACGGCCGCAGUGCCAUCCUGCGCUGUGAGGUCAGCGACGCGGAGAACACACUCUUCUCCUGGACUCAGGACGGGCGGCGCGUGCAGGACUCGACCCGCCGCUUCCAGGAGGGCAGUAACCUGAAGUUCACAUCCGUGGACCGACACAACGACACGGGCAGCUUCCAGUGUGUGGCGUCCAGCGGCGGGGAGACACUGACCUCCAGCGGCGCCUCCUUCAACAUCAAGUGGCUGGAGAGGGGGCCGGUCAGCAUGAAGGAUCCCGCCUCGGAGGCGGAGCUAGAGGAGGCUGAGCGAAUCGUGUUGCAGUGUCACAUUGAUGGACAUCCACGGCCCAGCACUAAAUGGUUCAGAGAUGGAGAACAGCUGGCCGGGAAGGACCGGAUCCUCACGCUGAACGACCCCGGCCCAGGGGAUUCUGGGAUGUACUACUGCUGUGCUCGAAAUGCGGCCGGACAAGUGUGCAGCGACCAGAACAUCACGCUCAACGUCAUCGAUAAGACUCUCCCCCGUGUGCUGGUGGCUCCAGUGGAUCAGGUGGUUCUGCGUGACGAGGGCGCUGUGUUCCACUGUCGGUUCAGAGCCAAGCCUCCGCCGGUUCUCCAGUGGUUCCACGACACAGAACCCGUCGCCAACACAUCAGGGGUUGUGGUGUAUGUGAACGGCACACUGCACAUCACUCAGGUGAAGCAGCGCAGCACAGGUGUGUAUAGGUGUGUGGCUCAGUAUGGAAAGAACAAACACGUGCAUGUGGAGGCAGCGCUCAGGAUCGCAGAGAUCAGCGAGAUGGGCGAGCGCAUGUCUCGGGUGUUGUCGUCCUCCGUCAGGGCGAGUGUGCGGUGCGAUCCUCCGCGGGGUCAGCCGGAGCCGCAGGUGUGGUGGGAGCGCGCUGGUGCUCGUGUGGCGUCUGAGGGUCGAGUCUACCAGCGCGACAGAGACCUGAUCUUCAGCAACACACACACCUCAGACUCGGGCCUCUACACCUGCGUCGCUCGCAACCGGGCCGGAACCAAACAGCAGGAGCUCGAGGUCACUGUCGCCACCUCUCCAGAGUGGAUUGUAAGGCCGCAGGACACACACAUCGAGGAGGGUCAGCCGGGUGUCCUGCACUGUCACGCUCAGGGCACACCUGAACCACGGGUCACAUGGUACCGCAAAAGCGUCCCGAUCAGUGAGGAGGGCUCUCGUUAUAAGCUCUUCUCUAACGGGACUCUGAGGAUCAACAGCGCUGAGGUGAACGAUGGUCAGGUGUUCAGCUGCACGUGUGUGUCGGAGGGAGGAUCCAUCAGCGCACACGCACGCGUUCACAUACUGGAGAGGUUAAAGUUCACGCCCGUCCCGCAGCCGGCGCAGUGUGUGCAGCUGGAGAGAGAGAGCAGCAUCAGCUGUGUGGCGACCGGGCGAGAGACACCCACAGUACACUGGAGCAGAGCAGACGGCGCUGAUCUCCCGCCUCACACGACUCAGAUGAGAGGAGUUCUUCACUUCAGUACCGUGAGCCGAUCCGACGGAGGGAACUACACGUGUGUGGCGUCCAGCAGCGCUCAGGGAGAGAUACGAGCACACGUGCAACUCACUGUAGGAGUACUCGUGGAGUUUAAGCUGGAGCCGGAGCAGACGACGGUGUAUCAGGGUCACACAGCCGUGCUUCACUGUCAGGCGUCAGGAGAGCCUCGGCCCUACAUCCAGUGGAGCAUCAGAGACCGCCUGCUCAGCAGCAGCUCCAGCAGGUUUCAGAAGAUGCCCAAUGGCUCUCUGGUCAUUAGUGAUGUCACCACUGAUGACACGGGCAUGUACACCUGUAUCGCGGGGAACACCUGCAGCAUCAGAGACUCGACCGCGCAGCUUUACGUCGUGGAGAAGCCGGUGCACCCGCGCGAGGGAGACGAAGACAAGAGCCAGUUCCGGAUGUUCCAGACGCUGGCGCUGUCGGUGGCCGUGGCCGUGGCCUACAUCAUCGCGGUGCUGGGACUCAUGUUCUACUGCAAACAGAGACGCAAGAGCAGGCGUCUGCAGAAGAGCCCCGCCGCAGACGAGCCCGAGAUGGAGUGUCUGAACGGUGGCGCUGUUCAGAUGAACGGCCACAGGCCGGCUGAGGUCCAGGAAGAAGUGGCUUUAACCACCAUGAGACCUCCAGCAAACACUGACAAACUGCACUUUCCCAGAGCGCACCUGCAGACCAUCACCACACUGGGGCGCGGCGUGUUCGGCGAGGUGUUUCUGGCUAAAGCGAGGGCUAUCGAGGAGUCCGAGGACGAGACGCUGGUGUUGGUGAAGAGUUUGCAGUGUCGAGAUCAGGAGUCCGAGUUCAGACGAGAGAUGCAGAUGUUCAGCAAACUCAAACACACACACAUCGUGAGGCUGCUGGGAGUCUGCCGAGAAGCUCACCCGCAGUACAUGAUCCUGGAAUACGUGGAUCUGGGUGAUCUGAAGCAGUUCCUCAGGAUAUCAAACAGCGGCGACGGGAAACUCAAGCCUCAUCCCAUCAGCACCAAAACUAAACUCUCCAUCUGUGCCCAGGUGGCUGAUGGGAUGCAGCAUUUAUCAGAGCAGCGUUUCGUGCACAAAGACCUGGCGGCCAGGAACUGUCUGAUCAGCGGACAGAGACUCGUCAAAGUGUCCUCGCUCGCGCUCAGCACGGACGUCUAUAACAGCGAGUACCACCUCUACAGGCAGGCCUGGCUUCCCCUGCGCUGGCUCCCGGCCGAGGCCGUGUUUGACGGCGAGUUCUCCAGUAAGUCAGACGUGUGGGCGUUCGCUGUGCUCAUGUGGGAAGUGUUCAGUCUCGGGGAGAUGCCGUACCAUCAGCUCGAUCAUCAGCAGCUGCUCGAAGCUCUGCAGGCUGGUCAUGUGACCCCGUCUCCUCCCGAAGGCUGCCCGGCUCACGUCUGUUCUCUGAUGAUGCGCUGCUGGGCGUCCAGUCCUAAAGAUCGGCCCUCCUUCAGCGAGAUCGCUCAGACUCUGGCCCGUGUGCCCGCAGACACUAAAGUCUAGCGCAUCAUCACUACACACACACACACACACACACACUUCAGACGCGCUCAGGAUCUGCAGCCACACACACACGCUCAGGAUCAGGCCUUCACCCGCCUUAAACACACACACACACACCUGCUGCUCUCCUCAGGGACGCCAGAAGAGCUUCAUGUCAGAACUUUGACCUCUGACCUCUUGACAAUCACAGCUCCAUCAGGCCACAGAUGCAGGAGGGGGAAUCAGUGUGUGUGUGUGUGUGUGUGUAGUGUUUCCACAGGAUGAUGUCGCGUCAGGAAAUGAUGUUCCUCCUCAGUAUUUUUUAUUUUUUAUUUUUUUGUACUUUUUUGUAAUAUUGUUCUUGUUUCAGCAUAAACUCGAUAUCUCCUGUCAUGCUGCUUCUCCAGUGAAUGCAUCUCGAUGUAAGAGUGUGUAGAGCUGGAGACACUUGAGGAAGAGGAGGAUCGUCUGCGCUGUGGUGAUGAUGAUGAUGAUGAUGAUGAUGAUAAUAGGAUCUUUAUGUUUUUUUGAGGUGCACACAAGUGACUGUUGUAAUAAAUGAAUAUGCAAUGCCUCAGAUGAAGCCAUGAUGAAUCGCAGUUCUGUGUGUGUGUGUGUGUGUGUGUGAUUGAGAUCAGCGGUUCUCGGCGCGUCCACUAGAGGGCCUCGGGGUCACGGGGUCACAGGACACACUGCUGGGUUACCACAGAAUAACGCCUUUAAUUAAAAGAUCAUUGCGACUUUUUAUCUCACAAUUGCGAGUUAUAAAGUCAGAAUUGUGAGAUAAAAAGUCAAAAUCACGUUUAUUAUGUUUUGUUUUAGUCUGAUUUCUGACUCCUGGGAAAGUUGUGGGAAUUAAUAUAGCAAAUAUAUAUUUUACUAGUUAUGGCUGAGAUGUUUGAUCAGGUAGUUGUGAGCAAACUAAACAUGUCAUUUAAUGAAUGAAUCUGAAUAUUCCUGUCAGUGGUGUGUGUUGAGGAGUGUGUGUUGAGUGUGUGUGUUGAGGAGUGUGUGUUGAGUGUGUGGUCGUCUCGUCUCGGACUGUUACUGAUAAAGUGCCUCCAACAUGAAGGACUUGUUUCUCUCUUCUCAGUUUCUACAGUGUGUUUUGUAAUGCCGUUAAUGUGUGUUUUUUUUUAAGAACUGCUUUUAUAUAAUCGUUUCCUGUGUAUUUUUAUGAUUGUUGUUUUCAUGUUUGUGCAAGUGUUCGUUAUUGUGGUCUCACACACACACACACACACACCCUGAUGUAAUGCUGCUCAUUAAACACAGUUUUUAUCAACCCGGCUAUGUGUGUGUGUGUGUGUGUGUGUGUGUGUGUGUGUGUGUGCGUGUGUGUGCUCCAGAGUCUGAAUCCAGUCUCGGAUCUGCUCUCUCUCCAUGUGGGAUUGAUCAGAUGAU